AUGCUUGAUAAUACACGUUGGUUUAGUAGUAAAGAUAAUGUAUCCAAUUUUGCUACAUCCGUACCAAAAGAUAUUGCAUUUCGUCCUUGUUUUAUUCCUCUACAGAAUGAUGAUGAUAGUGAUGAUCUUGAACGUAUUGGUAAAUCAUUUCGUGAUUUAAGUCAAUCAUUAAUGUGUACAGAUGGUACCGAACUUUUUGGUGAUUUACCUUCACCAAGACUUAAUGUUACACAAACAUAA